CCUUUCCUAGGAUCAAUAAUUCGACUUUGUUAUAUCUUCACUAGAUUAGGACAUGUCAAUUUCUAGAAACUGAUAACCUGAAAAUCUAUUGUAAGAAAAGUGUAGAGUAUUUUCGUGAUAUCCUCCAACUAUCUGUAAAGAUGGGUGAAAGAUACUUUACAUGGGAUGACAUUUUGGAAGGAUUAAUUUUAUUAGUGCCAAAGAUAGAAGAUGAAACUAAAAGACGGAGGAAGCAAGCUGUUGAAGAAUAUGAGUCGAAAAUUUAUUGUCCACAUGCGUAUUUAAUUUUGAGCUAUCGGGAAAUGUUGAAUGAUAGCGAAAAGAUUAGAUUUCGAAAACAUUACCUGAGAAAAGUAGCGCCGAACGAACCGGAUGUUAUUAUUUUGCAAGAUAUCAAAGAUCUCGUGCUCUUUUUGCUCUUAACACCCGUCAGUCCCCAAUUCAUACACUUCUUCCACUUGGCGAUCGUUGAUCGAUUUUUAAGAGCGUUGAUCAUCUAUUUCCAACAUUACGUAGAGAUAUGGGAAGACUUGAUGCAGGAGCGGGCCGCUACCAUGAAAAAGGCGCCGAAUCCAUUGGCGCGUGGACACAGAUCCCGGUACGCUGAGGAGUUGCGAUCCCUUCGCUGUGUCUUGGGUAGAGAAUAUGCAGAUUUAAUAUUGGGUUGCCAGAGCGGGCCGCAAUAUCAUCAUAUGAUGGCCGGUAAGAAACAGACGAUCACGCAAUCGCAGGGCGAGAAAGAUUUAAGGAUCUUUGAAGCUUUUAUAAGCACGGCCCAUCGAGUCAUAUGGAUAGCGUUGCAACGCAAACAUUACAAUUUGAUCGAACUAGAAUUGCAUAGACUACUUCGAACCCAAGCGUACAAUACUGCACAAAGGCAAAGCGGUAGUCGACUUAUUCAGGAUAUGCUCAAAGAUGAUAUUCGUAUAUUACAUGGCUCAUAUAAAAUUGCAUUAAAAAGUCGAUUACUUCGAAAUUCUCCUUUACCUCACGAAUUGAUGUAUACGGAUUGCGAUUAUCGUCUCCUAUCAUUAGGGAUACUUGACAUCGACGUGCGCGACGAACUGCAAAUUGAUUAUCUAAAACACGCUCUUUUUAUCGAUGAGGAAAUGCUAUCUGUUAUGAAUAUUAAAGUAGGCAUACUGGGACAAAAUCGUUCGGAUUACGAUAUAAUGUUAAUGCCGUACGAAGAAGAGAAAGAGCCAAUCGAAAUCGAUAAAAAAAUAUUAGAAAAGCGAAAAAUUGUCUCUAUGGUUGAACUCGCUAAACAAAUUCCAAGAAUUGAACUUCCACUGAAAGAACUUGAGAUAUCAACAAAGAAAUAUGACAAGAUUCGUCGAGUAGCCCGAAAAAAGUGGAUUCUUCGAGAAAUAAGACGACGCGAACGUAGAAUGACUAUUGAUACUUAUUCUAUAGUAACCACUAUAGAUUGAGUAUCAGAAUAGAAUAUUAUUACAGAACAGAAAAUAAUUCUACAUGUAGAAUGUGCCGAAAAUUUCGGAAAAAAAUAAAAAAAUGAUACUUAUAUUGAUAUACAUAAAUAUAAACUUGAAUAUCGAUUCUAAAAUAAAAUUAAUUAUACAUUUAUAUACAUUUUUCACU